AUUGGACCAUCUUCUGUUUCCAAAGUGUGAUCCUCUUCUAAGCUUCUUUCAUCCGCUGAAGAUUUUCUAGAAGAUGCAUUUCUCUGCGCUGAUCGUGGCUGUAGCAGGCUUUAUUGGAUACGUACAAGCUCGAGGAUAUGGACCCAGUAUCGGAGCUGGAGGAAUUAGCAGUGGAGGAGGUGGUCCUGGAGGGUAUGGCCUUGGUGGAAUCAGUGGUCUCGGUGGAUCCCUUGGAGGUUACGGUGGCCGAGUAGAAGGCCAAGGAAAUGCUGGUGGUUUCGGUUGGGCCGGUACUGGAGGUGGAAGAUACGGUGCAGGAACGAGUGGAAUUGGUGCUGGACGUUAUGGUGGAGUUGGAGUAAGUGGUCUAGGGGCAGGCCUAGGCAGCAUAGGCGUAUAUGGUGGUGCCGGUAGUGCAGCUGGAAGAUACGGUGGAGGCGCCGGAGGUGCUGGAGGUUAUAGCACAGGUGGAGCAAGUGCUUAUGGAGGUGCUGGUGGUUAUGGCGGAGGAGCAGGAGGCUACGGUGAAGUGAACAUUCCUCAGCCCUUUGCCUUUGGAUACCAGGCAACAGAUGAACAAGGAAAUUCUCAUUUCCGAAGUGAACAAGGUGAUGCAAGCGGAAAUGUUAUAGGUACUUAUGGAUAUACUGAUAAUCAAGGAUUGUACAGGAAGGUAGAAUACGUUGCCGGUUCUCAGGGAUUCCAAGCUGCUAUUCAGACAAACGAGCCUGGAGUUGAUGGAAAAGAAAAUCCUGCCGAUGUUUCCGUGCAAGCUGAACAAACACCUGCUGGUGUACAGCCCCAGUACGGUGCUAGUGGCCCUGGAGGAAGAGGAGGAUAUGGAGGUGCUACUGCUGGUGCUGCAGGCUCUGGCAGAUAUGGUGGAGCUGGAGCAGGUAGUUAUGGUGCUGUAGCAGGAAACCUUGGUGGACUUGGUGCUGGAGCAGGUCAUGGAGGAAUCGGAAGUUAUGGAGCUGGAGGUGGAAGACUAAGCGGACCAACUGGUACUGGAGGACUUGCUGGUGGAAUCGGAGGCUAUGGAGCUGGUGCUGGAAGACUAGGUGGACAAGUUGGUGCUGGAGGACUUGCCGGUGAAACCGGAAGUUAUGGAAGUGGACCAAGGGGAAUUGGUGGAGGAGCUGUUAUCGGAGGAAUUAGUGGUGGAACUGGUGGAUACAGUGGCGGAGCUGGAGCUGGAGGCUUGGGAAGAGGAAUUGGAGGUGGAGCUGGUGCUGGAGGAAUCGGCAGUGGAUUUGGACGUGGAGCAGGAGGAUAUGGUACGGUGAAACAAGGCAAGAUCGGAGGAUUUGGUGGAUCUGGAUCAUCCGGCACUGGAGCAGGUGCAGGAGGACUUUUUAGCGGCUUGGGAACUGGAAGUGGAAAAAGUGCUUACUAAAAUUUCAGCUGAAUUACUUGUCUUGUUAUGUUUCAUUGCGACAAUUGGGCUCUGAAUUUUAUUUAUGUUGGGGAAACUGUAUCUCAGGUGAACGUGGUGUCUUCAAUUGUAGACGAAAAAUAACUGUUCUGGUCUUAGUAAUAAAAAAAUCCUUUAAACGAAAUGCAAGUUUCGUUGUUCGAAGCACAACGCACAUUUUAAAUAGUUCAAAUAGAUAGUUCAAACAGAAAUAGCUCAUUCAGGAAUGAAGGUUCUAAACAUUUACCUCAAUGCAUGUGGCAUACAUUAAACUUUCUUGAAACUUGGACAAAAAUAUGACUAUUAACUAAUAUCCGGGCAUCCAACUUUUUAGGUUACUUCAGUUUCUGCUUUGGUUGCCUCAAUGUUCUUCAAUUCUUCUUUAGGUAUAAGUAAUGAAACAAAUCAUUUUUAUAACCGUGUGGAAAAAGACCAGAUGUUUUAUUCAUUUAAUGCUCAGUUCCCUGAUGAGAGGCCCCAUUUUGUUCUGAGUUUUCAGGGAUUUCCAAAGCCAUGUAUUUAUAUGUGCUUUUUUCUUUCAUAUAUAGUAAAACAAAUAGGAUUGUUUGUCUAUUAUAAAUCGAAGAUUGUUUCUCUCACGUCUUUGUUUUGUAGCUCAUAAAAUACUGCAAGCUAUUGUAUUUUCUAGAUGUGUACUGUUUUUUGUUCGAAAUCUUACAUGAUUUAUCUCAAAUAAAUUAUUUCAUGAU